AUGUUAGGAUCUUAUCAAUUAUCGGUAAUCAUCAAAUUGAUUCUCUUCGAAGUACUCGGACUAAUGUGUAUUGAAGACGAUUCAUUUCGUCGUUAUCGUCGACUACGUUCUUCUAGUGACAGUAAUAAUUCUCCCGGUACUCCAUUUAUCAUAGUUUCCGUGUCAGUUGAUGAUUAUUUUGCUAUUCUUAAUUGUUCUACGCCAGAAAAAGUAUCUCAUGAUAAACUCGAAUGGUAUUUUCAACCGCAUACUUCUUUUAAAUCGCCGCGUGUUAUUUGGCAACGUGGUCGUUCAACUACUCAUCGUUAUACAGCUUAUUCACCUGAUCAAAUUCAACAUUUUUUUAAAAUCAAACCAAUCACUAAUAAUGAUAGUGGUACUUAUUCCUGUGUUGAUCAAGCAAGCGGUUUUAUUAAGCCAGUCGAACUUAUUGUUCGCGACAGUCGCAGUUGUGCCGGGAGUGUUAUUCGUUUACAAAUGACAAUGCUUGUCUCUAUUGUGCUACUUUCAUUAUUCUUAUCACGACGAACAGCAAGCGAGAGUCAAAUAACAUGA